AUGGCACCCAUUGCUAUCACCCCUCCACCAGUCGAACCCAAGCUGGGGCGACCUGGUAUGCAUCGCGCCAACACUGCCAACAUGGGCACGAAGCGAAAGAUCAUCUGCUUCUCAGACUUUGACGGCACCAUUUUCAUACAAGAUACCGGUCAUACUCUUUUUGAUAACUUUGGUUGCGGUCCAGAAAAAAGGAAGAUCUUGGCGCAGCAGCUAGAGUCUGGAGAACGCAGCUUUCGCGAGGUCUCAGAUGAGCUCUAUGCCUCACUGGAUGUUCCAUUCGAGGACGGCUUCGAGGUCAUGAAAACCGCCCUGGACAUUGACCCAGACUUUGAAACCUUCCACGAGUUCUGCGUCAACAACAACAUUCCUUUCAAUGUCAUCUCGGCCGGACUCAAGCCUGUCUUACGCAAAGUCCUUGACCACUUCAUCGGCGAGCAAAUGAGCAAACACAUUGAAAUUGUGGCCAACGAUGCCAAAAUUGCCCACGAUGGCAGCAAAUGGGAAGCUGUGUGGAGACAUGACACCGAUCUCGGUCACGACAAAGCCCGAUCAAUAAACGAGUAUCGGGCAGCCGCACAGCUGGAGAGCGACAACGGCACAGUACCAAUGAUUGUUUUUAUUGGUGACGGCGUCUCGGAUUUACCAGCAGCCCGUGAAGCUGACGUACUAUUUGCUCGCCGAGGAUUGAAGUUGGAGGAGUAUUGCAAUGAGCACGGCCUCUCGUACAUUCCCUUCGACACAUUUGCCGACAUUCAGAGGGAAGUCAUCAAGAUUGCCAAAAUUGAUGACGAAAAGACACACGGCAAAGGUCUGCCCACCAACUUCAACCCUCGUGCCAAUAUGUGGAGAAGGGUUAGUAGCCGAGCCGCUGUGCCUGUGUUCGCUGCUCUGAGUCCGCGCAAAGAAGAGAAGGCUUUCUUGUGGCCGGAGACUUUUACUCAGCCAGCUACAGUGCCGAACAAGGAGGAAGCGAAGGCCGCUGUCGCAGCUCCAGUCGCAUAG